AUGCUUCUACGAAUGCGAUGCCCUGAUGGCAUGUUCCGCCUGACGGUGGAGAAGGACGACACGUUUGGUGAACUUGUGCGCCAGCUUGUGCCCAAACUUCCCCCAACGGUCGACCCCAAGUCUAUCACUCUCUCAAACCACCCGAGCGGCGGCGACUCGAAAAGGAUCGAUGAGAUCGCCAGAUUUAAGAUUGGUCAGGUCGGCCAUGGAGACCUCAUCUUUGUCAGGUAUCAAACCAGCGACACCGUCGCCAACGGUCGUUCGGUCGACAUCUCGUCCCAAACUGCCGGACUGUCGUCAUCUGCAAACCGACUCAAUGGCAAGCCCGUUUUGCCAACUGAAGACCACCCCAUCGAUCCUCCUCCAAACACCUCAGCCGAGCGAAUCAAGAACCCUUGGGAGGUUGUCCGACAAUCUCCGUUGGAUGAUCGGUUAGACAAGCUUGAUGGCAAGAUCCCACGAAAGAGGGGCGCCAUGUGCCGGCACGGGCCGAAGGGCAUGUGCGACUAUUGCACACCCCUGGACCCUUUCAACCCGCAAUACCUGGAGGAGAAGAAGAUCAAGUACAUGUCGGUCCAUGCGUAUAUGCGCAAGAUCAACUCGGCCACCAACAGGCCUGAGCUUGGCAGUUCCUUCAUCCCUCCUCUAGUCGAGCCCUACUACCGCGUCAAGCGGGACUGUCCUUCUGGUCAUCCUCAAUGGCCUGAGGGUAUCUGCACAAAAUGCCAGCCCAGCGCGAUUACCCUCCAGCCCCAGCCGUUCCGCAUGGUGGAUCACGUCGAGUUUGCCUCACCUCAAAUCAUCGAUAGGUUCCUUGAUGCAUGGAGACGAACUGGUGUUCAGCGGCUGGGCAUCCUUUACGGCAGAUACCUCGAGUACGAUGCUGUACCCCUGGGCAUCAAGGCUGUUGUUGAGGCCAUCUAUGAGCCGCCUCAGGUGGAUGAGAUUGACGGCAUCACACUGAAUCCAUGGGAGAACGAGCAAGAGGUGAACCAAGUCGCCAAGUACUGUGGAUUGGAGCAAGUAGGCGUGAUAUGGACGGAUCUUUUAGAUGCAGGCAAGGGUGAUGGCAGCGUUGUGUGCAAGCGGCAUGCCGACUCAUACUUCCUCGCCGCACAGGAGAUCGUGUUCGCUGCGCGCCUGCAAGCCCAACAUCCAAAGCCAUCCAAGUGGAGCGAUACAGGGAGGUUCGGCUCAAAUUUCGUGACAUGUGUGGUCUCGGGAAACGAGCAGGGAGAGAUCUCUAUCUCGGCCUACCAAAUGUCCAAUGAUGCCGUCGAGAUGGUUCGAGCGGACAUCAUUGAACCCUCUGCUGACCCGACCCUUAUGCUCGUUCGUGAGGAAGAAGAAGAUGACGGCUCGCCCAGUAAAACGCGCUACAUCCCCGAAGUGUUCUACCGCAAGAUCAACGAAUACGGAGCGAACGUGCUUGAGAACGCAAAACCAGCGUUUCCUGUUGAAUAUCUCUUCGUCACACUCACACACGGGUUCCCCGACUCUCCUUCUCCGCUCUUCACAGAUAACAUCUUCCCAAUCGAGAACAGGGAGUAUGUCGGAGAGGCGCAGGAAGUCUCUGCGGUUGCCAAGGCUCUUAAAGUGCACGAGGCGGACGCUCCCAUGAACGUUUCCGAUUUCCACCUCUUGUGCUUCAUUCACCAGAUGAGCGUGUUAUCGAAGGAAGAAGAAGCACUUCUCUGCCGCGUCGCAACCCUUCAUGACCUCGCCGAGUCCUUCCAACUGCGAUCCACAACUGGAUGGCAGACGUUGCACAUGAUUUUGCAAUCGACUGGUGAGAGAGUCCCCAAGCGUCCCCGAUUCUCUGAUAACGUUCCAUCCUCGUCCCAGGACACCCAGGAGGCCCUUGGUGGCAACAACCUCGACCCCGGUGAACCUCUUGCUAAGCGUUUUGCUGCUGUCAGGCUGAAUGAGAACAACCAGUCGUCGCCCAAACCAUAUGCUCCGUCGCGGUGGAACCUUUGA